AUGUCGUUUGGGUUUUCAAUUGGGAACAUUAUACUCCUUAGUCAACUAGCGUAUAGUCUCUACUCAAGCAUCAGCUCUGGAAGGAAGGCAGCUUCGCGCGAUCUCAAAGAACUCGAGGACGUACUUUUCAGCCUAAAAUGUGCCUUGGACCAUCUAGGAGAAGCUUCCAAGGAUGUGCUUGCACGACCAGAUCGGCAUGGAAGAACAUAUUUCAAAGAGAAACUAGAUGCGAUGAUAAACGCCUGCGCGUCUACUCUAAAAGAACUAGAAGCCAUGACGGAGAAGUACCGUUCGGUUGAGACCGCGGCUGUAGAGAACGCAGCGACUAACAAAGGCAAAGCGAAGUUGCGCACGCUAGACGACAUGAAGAAAAGCAUCCAAGUCAACUGGCAUAGGGUGCGGUGGGACUAUGAAAAACAGUCGCUGCAACAAUACCGUGAGAAGUUGGAGUCACAUACUGAUGCGAUCAACCUCAUACUGACUUCUAUGAUCUGGGCAAACUCUACCCUCGCAGACGAGAAAAGCACAAAGAGCCAUGAGAAGACACAUGGGUUGUUAGAGCAAGUGCUGAAAAAGUCAGAAGCAGACGACUCAGUCCGAAGCAUAGUUGAGGAUAUCCGCAACAUGCUCACACAGGCCGAUCUGGGUGCGAGAAAGGCUCCUGAAACUCCAACAGCCCCAUUGGUACUACCGAGUGACUCGACAUUUAUCGCUGCAUGUUCACAUAGUCCUUCACCAGUUACAAAAGGUAGUGGAUUUGCCGAGAGUUAUACACGACGUUCUGCUUCAGUCAACAUGGAUCUGAACCCAGCCCUGCCAAUUAGACCACCCCACAGGCAUAUGAAAAGGGUGGUGUUCCCAGCUGGAGCUGCGGAGACGCCAUCCCAGAAUCAUCAACAUACACUGGAGGUUCAAAACGAGCUAUCGAGUGCUGUAGGCCGGAUAGACUUAUCUCCAGAGACCAUUGAUCUCAACGCCAGGCGCCGUGCUUUUGGUGAAGACGAGUACGAGGCCUUCAGGCAGCGCCACCCUACAGAGGAAAAAGCUCGAAAGCCAUCAUUCUUGACACCCGCGACUCCGACUAUGAAAGAUCUCUAUGACGGCAUACUGUACCUCUUCGGAUCCCUACCAGAGGGCAAACAGAAGACAGACGAGCUGAAGUUUGAAACUGAGCGCUGGAUACAGGGGCUAUCUCUUCUAGUCAAGAAUACCACGCCUGAUGCAAAGUCUGAUAAUGGAUUUCUCCAUUUGCUACAGACGCUAAACAGAACUGUAGAGGGCAGUGCCAAAUCAGUGCGAGGGCUCUUCUACGAGGUCUCAGGCUCUGCGGGCUUGCUGGAUGCUUUGGAUCAGGUAUCAGCGACAUCGAAGAGCGUUAGAGUGAUGAAGGAGAUUGAAGACUUUCAAGAUGCCAAAGAAGAGUGGGAAGACGAUCAUGGUGGUAAUUGA